GUUUUAAAAACUUGCUCGUCAGUUUCUGGAUGUACGAGUCCUUCGACGCCAGAUCCAUGUCGAAAAAGAAUUUAUAUAUUUAACUUCACACGAAGAGUAAAGCCAUGAUGCGUUUAAAAAACAACACACGUGAGCUGGGGGAAGAAGUAAAGGACGGACCGGAAGUAGUAACAGUAAAAUGCAGCCGUGUUCUACCUAGCAACAUGUUUGUUACGUAGCUGUCCGUACAGGAAGGUUGUAUUUCCCUUCAUCUGUCAUUUAAGUUGCCAUUCGGAAUGUAUUCACUAAAAUCGCUACUGUUUUUUUACAACAGAACGAUUGGGACUUCAACCAUUCAGAGAAAUGUCGUUGCAAUUAAGAGGGCUUUUUCCUCGCAAACAUCACCUGUCUUCAAGCGAGCCGAUGCCAGGUCCAUUGGAUGGCGACAUUGCAGCUCCACAGCAGCCAAAACUGCAUCUGGAGAAGACUCCUUCCUGAAAUGGUUCCUGCUGCUCAUCCCGGCCACCACGUUUGGUCUGGGUACCUGGCAGGUGAAGCGUCGUCAGUGGAAACUGCAGCUGAUUGACGAGCUGGCAAAGCUCACCUCAGCGGAGCCCAUUCCGCUUCCUGUCGACCCUCAUGAGUUGCAGCAGCUGGAGUACAGGCGGGUGAGGGUGCGCGGUCGCUACGACCACGCCAAGGAGCUCUACAUCCUGCCGCGCUCACCCGUCGACCCCGAAAAGGAGGCCAGGGAGGCGGGUAGGCUGUCGUCCAGCGGGGAGACGGGUGCCAAUGUCGUCACACCCUUCCACUGCACGGAACUCGGUAUCAGCAUCCUGGUCAACAGAGGCUACGUCCCCAAGCAGAAGGUCAGACCAGAGACCAGGAUGAAGGGUCAAGUGGAGGGCGAGGUGGAGGUGGUCGGUGUGGUCCGACUCACAGAGCAGCGUCGACCUUUUAUGCCCAACAACGACGUGGACAGAAACCGCUGGCACUACCGAGACCUGGACGCCAUGUCUGCCGUGACCGGAGCAGAAUCCAUCUUCAUUGAUGCAGACUUUGAGAGCACCAUCCCUGGCGGACCGAUUGGCGGACAGACGCGGGUGACCCUGAGGAAUGAACACAUGCAAUAUGUUAUCACAUGGUACGGACUGUGCGCAGCCACAUCUUAUAUGUGGUACACAAAGUUCAUCAAGAAAAUUAAAGUGUGAAACAAAUUGCUGCUUUAAAUAAAUAUUCCAGUCUCCUGUUGCUCCC